AUGCCGGCCACCGUUUCUGCGGACAAAGUGCAUCGGGCAUUACUCAAAUUCGUAACGGACGGUUCAUUCCCCGAGUCAGAAGCUAUUAUCAAGGCGGACUACCCGGUUGCAGCUCUCCCCGCCGGACUUGAACAGAUAUCAGAGGCUAGGCAAAAGGUCGAGAGAGAGAUCAGCGCGCUGAGCCAGGAUAAGGCCUCUGAUGUUGACGAAUGGAUAUCGCAGGCGAAACAACUUCACGAAGAUAUAGAGAGGUCGAAAUUGACAGCGAGAGAGAUCGUCCAAAACUAUGAAAAAUCCCAGGCACUCAAGAUCAAGGUCGACGACACAGCGGCCAAGGUCAGCCUGUUACAGCGCGAGACUGCAUUUACACGGUCAUUAAGGGAUGCUCUUAACAAAGCGCGCGUUAUCGAUGAAAAUAUAGCCAGUGCCCAGGUCGCUAGUAAUAAUGACGAUUUGGAAACGGCCAUUCAGAAGCUUGAGGAGGUUGACGGUGAAUUGAAACAGUUGCCGCUACCCCAGGACUCUAAUAUCAUCAUUUUGUUGGCAGAAAAAGCCUCCACUGUUCGUGCUUCACUAUGCACUGCGCUACAGAAUACAUGGCAUAGCAUCGUCUGCGUAGAGGAGGAAGCAGGGAGGUUUAUCGUGAAGUCUGAGGACCCAUCGGCGCUGGAUCGCCAUUUAACGUGGCUUUCCAACCUAGGGAUUCUGGAGAACACACUUGAUUCUUUCCGAGAUAAGUUGCUAAAAUACAUUUUGCAGCCCGUACUAUCUCCUCCAAAGAAUGCGGAAUAUAGGCUACUCUCUCUUGAUGGGGACCACAUCCGACUAAACAGCCAAACCGCAAAGCCUUCGAUACCGGACAUUCUAGCCACAAUUUUCACUCUUUUUACGUUCAUCAAGAACAAUCUUCCGGCCAAGGCAUGGGAAUUGCUCUCCCCUACUCUUUCCGUUUCUGUUAUCCAGCUACUCAUAUCCGAGUGGCUGUCGCCCGCGAUACCGGUAUCUGUCGAGAAUAUGACUACUUUUGAGCAUGUAUUAGACGACGUUUCGCAAUUCUCCAAGGUAUUUAAAAAUUUGGGCUGCAACGAACCUACGGAGCUAGAAUCCUGGGCCAAACAGAUACCUAGAUUGUGGUUGUCUCGACGACGGGCUCAUGCUCUAGAUCAAGUGCGGUUAAUUGUUUAUCGCGAUUCUGGAGAAUUCAAAAAGGCGGAGAGGGUAGAGAAACAGCAAGUUUUGCAGUCAGAUGAGAUGUUCCAGGACAAAAAUGCAGACGCAGACGUAGAGGAUGACUGGAAUGCCAACUGGGAAAAUGAUAAUGACGAAGGAAUUAAACCCACUACCAAAGACGACAAGGUAGAUGACGAGGAAGAAGAUGUAAGCGCUUGGGGCUUAGAUGAUGACGACGACAAGGGAGAACCCGAAGAGGCUGGUAAGGGAGAUGAUGAUGUAGAUGACGCCUGGGGAUGGGGCGAGGAUGAAAUUAACGAUACGCCCCUGAAUGAGCCAUCGAAAUCGGCCCACAAAGCAUCAGAGAAAAAAGAGAACAACCCGCCGCAACCAGCUCCUAGAGAAGUUACUCUAAGGGAAUUUUAUACAGUAACCAAUGUUCCAGAUGCCAUCGUUGGGGUGAUAAGAGAUCAAGUCUCCGACUCGGAGCGCCUCAAACAGCCAGAAUACUCAUCGUCUCAGAUUGCGCCGUCAGGUGCAGCUCUUCUAGGGAUACCCACUCUCAUCGUCGCUAUGUUUAAAGCCACCGCACCUGUCUUCUACUCUCAAAAAUCCGCCACUAGUCAUAUGUACCUUUACAAUGACAGUAUCUACCUAGCAGAGAAGCUACGCACCUUUUCUGAGGUACACAACUUCUCCAGGCUAGGGACAGAUAUCGACUCGAUCGAAAGAUUCGGGAGGCUGUCAUACGGGAGGGAGAUGCAUUCUCAAAGAACGAUAUUAACGGAUCUCCUUGAUGGAUGCCAGGGAUUCUCAAGCUGCAAUUCUCAGCCUUAUCUCGGAGAAUGUGAGAGGGCCAUCAAGGCCACCGUUGACAGGGUUAGGAGCGUACAUACCGAGUGGAAGGCUAUACUUUCCCCUUCGGUACUACUACAGUCAACAGGGUCUUUACUUUCAACGGGUAUCAACAAGAUCAUUCUUGACAUCGAAGAUCUAAGUGACAUCUCCGACCCAGAAUCACAGCGCCUCGCCGGAUUUUGCGGCCUUAUUUCGAAACUCGAAGAUUUGUUCUUGCCCGAGACACCCAAAACUGGCGCAGAAGCUGGGGAUGAACCUAUUGCCAUGACCGCGAUAUACGUUCCGAACUGGUUGAAAUUCCAAUAUUUGAUGAACAUAUUGGAAAGUUCACUGGCAGAUAUCAAGUAUCUGUGGACCGAGGGUGAAUUGAAGCUGGAGUUCUCCCCCGAUGAGCUCAUAGAUCUGAUCAAGGCUUUGUUCGCGGACUCUGAGCACAGGAGGAAGGCAAUCUCAGAAAUACGGAGCUCCUCAUAG